AUGCCUGCCGCAGCGCAUCCCCAGGCGAAGUUUGACCCAAUUCCGCCUGACCUUGAUCUUGAGAGUCUAGUUGAUAGCACCGCGAGAUUCAAGUGGGCGCAGCGCGUGUCAUGGGAGCAAAUUCAGAAUUUCGGAGCAUCAAAAUUUGAAAAACUCGUAUUAAUACACGUCAUACAGGGCGGAAAGCCCCUUAUUAUUGAAGGAUGGGACGCGAAGCUACCCAAGGAUCUGUUCAGCGCUACCUGGCUGGAACAGACGUACGACAAAAAACAGGAGAAUGUACGUGAUAUAGUAGCUGGAGCGGAUAUAGCAAUGACCAUGGGCCACUAUCUGAGGUCGAUGAAACGGCUGACGAAUCAAUGGACCACAAAGAACUUUCGUGAUGAGCGAAGGCAGCGACUCUAUCUCAAAGACAUCGACUGCCCGAAGGAGUGGCAUGAUCACCUGCAAAAGAUUAUCCGGCCAUCGCUGUUUUAUCUCAACGAUAACAACACGACCCAUGAGCCGGGCUCCGAAGAUAGUGUUCCUGCUAUUGCUGGAGAUCUCAUGUCCAGUCUGCCAGAGGAGAUGCGCGCUCAGAACCUCAUGUGCUACAUAGGGCAUGAAGGGACGUACACACCCACGCAUAGGGAAAUGUGCGCAUCCUUGGGACAGAAUAUUAUGGUCGAGGCUUCUACGGAUGCAAAUGGUGAAAAAGCAGGCAGCUCUAUUUGGUUCAUGACCGAAAGCAAUGAUCGUGAGGUUGUUCGCGAGUACUUUCUUUCCAUGCUUGGCCACGACAUUGAGAUCGAGAAGCAUUUCGCGCAAAUUAAUGCUUGGAAGAGAGCUAACUUUGAUGUACAUGUGGUGGAACAAAAGGCAGGAGACUUUAUUCUUAUCCCGCCCCUGGCUGCACACCAAGUAUGGAACAGAGGCACGCGCACCAUGAAAGUUGCAUGGAACAGAACGACGGCAGAGACACUCGAGCUCGCCCUCCAUGAGGCACUUCCGAAAGCACGUUUGGUUGCUCGUGAUGAGCAGUACAAAAAUAAGGCGCUGAUUUAUUACACAUUGAAGAGCUACGCCGAGAAGCUCAGGAGUAUUGAUGAGUUGUCAUCGCGCGGCGGCAGACAAUACGUUAGCAAGCGCAGCUCUCAUUCUCAGCAGCUUGUCAAAGACUUUCGCCGGCUGUUUAUGUUGUUUACAGAAAUUCUCAUGGACGAAACAUUUGCCACCAAAGAGAUGAAUGUCGAAUUUCUUCCGUUUGACUCCUGCAUUACUUGCUCAUACUGCAGAUCCAACAUUUUCAAUCGGUUCUUAACAUGCAAGCAUUGUGUGCGUCACUUGGUUAAUGGCGUGGAAGAUACAUAUGAUAUUUGUAUGGAGUGUUAUGUCAUGGGCCGCUCGUGCGCCUGCAUGUCGGAUUUAUCGUGGUGUGAGCAAUGGUCGUGGCCAGAGCUUAUUGACAGCUAUGAGGAAUGGCGAGCAAUUGUCAUCAAGAAUGACGGCUUCAUUGAUAUCAACGAAUCUCCUGCCCCUGUUGAAGUGGCUCGCCAACGGUUUGGUCGAAAGUCAUUGGCCCAAAUAUGCCAAGAAUCUUUGAAGCGACGCCCUUUCAAGGAUAUUCAUGCAGAAAGCCAAAUUGUUCUGCUCUCUGAUUCAGAUGAUAACGGGAAGAAGCGCAAGUCAACGCGCCACAAGAAAGAGGGCCCGGUGCAGCGUUGUCAUGUCUGUUGCCACAAAGACUACAGCUACAAGGUUCACAAGUGUACGACAGCAAGGUGCGAAGAGGCAUACUGUUAUGGUGUCCUCUACCGCGCAUUCGACAUGAUGCCGCAGCAAGUGAUGCAAGACGAACACUGGCAGUGCCCUCGAUGCCGAGGCAUUUGUAAUUGUGGUGGUUGCCGUCGAUCAGGAAACACUAAAAAUCCAUAUACACCGAAGAAUACUUUGCUUGGUCACGAUACUCGAAGGGUUGCCGAUGACAGAAGCGUUGAAGCGUUGAUUGAUUUCCGCAUUCACAACCUAACUUGGCUGAAGGCAGCCGGAGAAGAGAGCCGCAGCAGAGACAGCAAGCGAAUGAAGAGGCUUCAAGAAGCUGCGAGCAAUGCCAAAGCCAGCAACGCUGAAGAGAUGGAACAGGUUGAUCACGAUAUUGCGAAUGCGGACAGCGCACCUCCACCACCCCCGACAUGGGAACCUACCGCACCUGAAGCCAAUGGCGAGCCUAUUCCUAUAAAUGACAGUGCCGAUGUCACUAUAGUUGAGUUUAACAACUAUCCAGACCCGGCACUCUUUGCACAGCGCAUUGGACUGGGAUAUUACGACGUAGACGAUGCACUGGACAGAAUCCUGUUCGACCCAUACCAAAUGCCAUCAUCGCAUGAUCUCAAGAUUGAUGAGCCAGAAAUGUCUGAACACUUCCGCAAGUCGAUCCAAGCCGCUAGAAGACGCGCAAAGCGACUUAACGACGAUCCUGAAUACAUCGGGCCGAGAAGCCAUUACAAGAAGCCUAAAACACAGACCAUGCCAGCAGCUGACUUUUUGGCCAGCAUGGAUCCAGCCCUCUUUGAUGAGACACUGCAGCCGGGAGAACCGGCCGCUGAAGCAGCUCCGACGGCCACUGCAGCCCCCGAAACAGCAGAAGCACAACCCGACUCUGAAGCACAUCAACCGGUGUUGCGUCACACCAAGCCAACUCGCUCAUAUAUCGUAGAGGAGAUGGAGGUUGAGGUUGUUGAGGAGCGUGUACAACCGAAGGUGCGCCCUGAACCACUGCCAGAGACAGAUCUUGUUCCUUCAAUCGAGAGUGCUACCAUUGCUACACCCAAGACACCCAAGACACCAACUAAGAAGCAAACCAAGUCUGGGCCUGUCGCCUCAGCAAAGAAGACACCGAAAUCUCUUGUACGGUCGGCUAAGCGCCGCGGGAGACCACCCAAACAACCGAAAGAGGAUGAGGAUACCUCGGUGUCAAAAGAGGAACAGCGACCACCUACACCCGAGACUGCUGAACCAGCGUCUCCCGUUCAAUCAGCUAAACGCGGUCGCGGAAGACCACCGAAACAGCCGAGAAAGGAGGAAGCCCCUCCUGCUGAGGACCCUCCUACUGAGGAUCCAAAGCCUACACGAACACCGCCGUUUCAUGGUAGAGCUAGAGGCCGGCCGCCACGAGGACGUGGAGCUACCGCGAGGACCCCAGUUGAAAGCAAUCCCGAGGCUAAAAAGGCAUCACAGUUCAUGUCCAUGGCAGAGCGGAUGGCUCUUCGAGGACGCUCAUUCCGUAUUGGAACAUGA